UUGAGAGUCUAAAUCUGUAUGUUGAGCCGGGUGCGGCUUCUGCUACUACCCUCGACUCAUUCUUAGAUGCAUAUGGAGCCAACCUACACACUCUCAUGAUCCGAUCGAGACAUUUCCCUUUCUACUUUAAGUUCAAAACGAUUUUUGAUGCUUGCCCGCAGCUGCAGAAGCUUGAGAUGUGGAAUGUGCGCAAUUUGGUCAAGGAGCCGAUAGGAAUGUUCGCGCAGCUGCGAGAACUGGAAUGGGGACUGCUGGGUCGUUGCGGUCAAGGUGAGGACUAUGAAAUUGAGCUGACCAACAUCCUACUGGCGGCUCCAAAUCUGGAGAAACUUUCCCUCGCCGAAAAUUCAGAGUACGCUCUUAGCGUCGAGGACCUACGAAAGCUCACGUCGUUGGUCGUCGACAAGAAGAUUCUGUGCAAGCUCACCAGUAUCAGAUUGGAAAUCAGACUCAUCCCUGAAUAUGAACUCAACUACGAUUUGUUGAGGGCUCUAAGGGACUUUGUCGCAGUUGCUGCGGUUCGACUCCCCGAUUUAGUUGAGUUCUACUUUUUGCUGUUCGGCCAUGAUUCUGAAGAUCUUGACGAGAUUCUAGAAAUUGGCUUGUGCUCUUCCGAAGAAGAAGAUUUAAUGAAAAUUGCUGAACAUUUUGAGGAUUGUAUCGGAGACAGCACCAUCGCCGACUUCAUUCGUGCUAUUAAUGCCAGAAAACAGCAGUAGUUCAUCCAGUAACCCGUUGAUUUAAUAGAUAAUUAAACAUUCAAAAUAUAUUUCAGUUUAUUUAAUUUUGUCUUUAUUAAAUUAGUCCUUAUUUCGGCGCGUCAAUCUCAACUGCGACAUAUUUGUUUGGAAAUCAGACGUUUCAUUUGAUUGUUACCAAAUAAGUUUUUAGCUUAAUUUAAAAGGAAAUUACACACUUAAGGCAUUUAUA